AUGUGCGGCUUUACUAUAAUUCAUCACACAGUGUGUGGCCACAAGCAUGUUUCUACCACUGUAGAGCAUACGCUACUUUGCGACUGGGCAACGGACAGAAAUCUUCAACAAGGCAUCGAUUGUGCUCCGGCACCAUGCAAGUUCUCGAACGAUACUGCGACAUGUAUCGUGGCGACAAGUCGGCUUUUCAACUACUGCGAAGACUGCCGCGCCGAGCUCGACAUCGAACCGCGAGGGGAAGACGAGGGUGUCCUCCAGAAGUACGCGCACGUCAAAAAAGAUGCCGUAGGUCUGUAUGACCAAGCUGAAUAUCAAGACUUGGAAAACCUCCGCAACUACCUAAGAGAAAGAGAGAAACGAGGGCUCAAGCUGCAGGAGGAGUUCGAUGCCUAUGUUGAUACUCAGCCCGGCGGCGUGCUGCAUCUGCAAUUACGAGACUUCUUCUCCCAGUUACAACCGGCCGGCUAUCAUGGGCUUUAUCUAGACAAGCUCCGGGCUUGUAUUCAUUGGUUACCUGUACUAGAGCAGUUGGCGACGCAAAAAGCGCCGAACAAACUUUUCACAGAUACAGUGCUCUGGGUGUUUGGCCAAGCUGAAAGCGUUUCACUGGUACUAGACCGCCUGAGUGAUGUACUCGCUUAUCUUCGUCAGUUUGAGCCUUCAAAGCCGAAGACAACGCCUGGGAAAGCCGAUCAGUCAUCUCAAAAGAUCAGCAUCGAACUUAAUGGCAAUGAGACACAAAUAGAUUACCUCGUCUAUUUGUUGAUACUACAGCAUCGGGGAUGUGGUCUGGGAUUGAAAAACCCUGACUUCGCACACUACUUCAACCCCGAUUUUCAGCCAUCCUUCAACAGGCUCUUGACAUUUCGCAUCCGCGAGGCAGCGAGGCAGAUCCGCAUUGACAAGCCAAUCCCGAGAAGCAUACAAAAGCACAAACGGUACAAAGCCGGCACAAUGAACAUGCGGAACUUGGGAUAUAAACUUUACAAAGGGUUACUAGCAGAUGAGCCGGCUUCCAAUUGCGAGGCGGAGCAUAUCAAGAUCCCAUACGUGGAUCAUGCUGAGCGUAUUGAUAUUGAAGAUGAGCAUGGAAAUAAACUUAUUUGGGAUGUAAACGGCACAUCGAAACUUAUGCUGGCAAGGUCUGCACCAAAACCUUUUCAGCCGAUCGAACAGAAUCAGGUUGAGGAGCAACCCGAGACACAACAAGGAGGAUAUGGCUUUUCAUACUCCAACUCUGACUCCGAUACCGAACCCGAAGUCCGUAAAGCACUGGAGGAGCCUGAUCUGUCAAUAGCAGGCGGAGUUCUGAAUGCAAGAGUGGGUAGGACUGAGCAGCUAGAAGACCGAGCCACGGAGGACAGUGAUGACUCUCCGGUGUUGGAACGAGAGCAUGACGUGCCUUUCUCGCCGCAACGUACACGAGCACCUCUCUCGUUUGUCGAUCCGAAUCGGAGGAUCAAGGCCCUACGUACGCGCCUGUUGAAGGAAGAUACGGUAUUGCGUUCAGCCAGUCUGCAGGUUCAUUUUACGGUAGCAGAAGACCAUGCAAACGAAGAUGGAUUACCCAACGGAAGUGAAACCGGUGCCAAGCGGAAGCAUGAAGGCACACAUAAUUCCAAUGGUCGGACCGGUGGUUUCGACUUUGCAGUAGCAUCACCUAGCAUGGACUCCUCGUCAUCUCUUUCUAGUCUUUCGGGUCCAGCCUCGCCUGAACUUCCAUCGUCACCACCGCCGAAUAAACCCUCCAGAUAG